CCAAAUCCAAAGCCAAACCCAAACCCAAAAAUCCCUAUAUAAAAUAGUACCGCACACGAAUGCACUGGGCAAAAUUUUCACAUAAUUUUAUUUUAUAUUUUUGUUUUGAGUGUGUGAGAGAGAGCGCUAAAAUCGGGUUUCGCUAUCUAAAUCCAAUAUCUCUUUUUAAUCUAUUCCGAUUUCAAGUUUGAAUGUUUCAUCAAUUUAACUUUUGAUCGAACUCUGAUUGAGGUUAAUUAGGGUUAGGGUUUUUUUGUAUUUAUUUUAGAAAGCUGGUUUGGUUUGGUUUUAUUUACUGUCUGGUUCGCGAGAAGAGACUUCUAAGUUUCUGUGGCGAUGGAGUCUACUAUGGUUAUCAAGGUUAAAUAUGGAGAUACACUUAGGCGCUUUAAUGUUAGCGUUGACGAAAAUGAGAAGAUGGAUCUUGAUAUUGAUGGAUUAAGGGCGAAGAUCAUAGGUCUUUUUAAUUUUCCUCCUGAUGCUGAUCUUAGGCUGACAUACAUUGAUGAAGAUGGUGACAUAGUAACUCUUGUUGAUGACAAUGACAUGCUUGAUGUGAUGAAGCAACGUCUCAAAUUCUUGAGAAUUGAUGUACAGCUGAAGAAUGAAAAAUCAGGGAAAGCUAUUACAAGAUCAGGUGGAAGUUCUACUCCCUUGAGAUCCCCUCGAGCCCAGCAUCCAUUACCUGACAUUAACAAUAAGGUUGCUGAAGUAUUGAAAUCGGUGCCAGAGCCGCUGCUUGAAACACUGUCAAAGCUAUCUGUUGAUUUUGCUUCAAAGGCUGCAUCCUCAAGUCCAAUUUUUGCAGAUCUUGCUGAGUGCUUUUUGAAGCUGGGUAUUCCUCAGCUGAAUCAAGUUUCCCAGUCUCAAGCAGAUGCAGAGUCAAGUGGACAGACUAAGGCAUCUGAAAGCGAUGUAGCUUCUUCAGUUCCUAAAGAUCCAAAUGCACCAAGGGGUGGUGGCCUGAGAGAAGUAUUGCCAAAUUCAACCCCCGUAGACCUCAAUGCUAUAAGUAGCCAAGAGUGUGAUGUUGGAAAUCCGGUAGGAGUAUGGGCACCUGCUGUUAACCUGAAUACGAUCCCACAGAUUGGUUCAGUUCCCUCUGGAAGCUCAAAUGUGAGCUUUGCGGCAAAUGUCUCUGAUAUUCUAGCUACCUUUGAUAGGAAUGAGACAAAGAAUAUCGGCAGUCAAGACAGUGGCAAGUCUGCUGUUUCUGUUGCACCAAUAAGUUCAGCUGAUACAACAAGGCCUUCUGACGUGGAUCAACCCCAUGCCAUGUGUUUGGGUGGUAAUGCUUCUAAUGAGUGUCCAUUUAGUGGAACUCCUGUUGUAAACGACUCAACUGGUACUUAUCGGCACCGUCGCAUUAGUCAGUUGAACAUGAUUCGCAAUGCCAUGGUUGGUACGUUCCAUAGGGGCAUCCAAUGUGAUGGUUGUGGUGUUCAUCCCAUUACUGGACCUCGAUUCAAGUCAAAAGUGAAAGAUGAUUAUGAUCUGUGCAGUGUCUGCUUCGCGGCAAUGGGCAAUGAGAAUGAUUACAUUCGAUUGGAUAAGCCUUUAUAUUAUCGACUUCCAAGACCUUUCAAAGGGUCAUAUGAUCAUAGACAGAAUUAUGGGUGUGGUAUUCCCACAACACCACAUAAUGGUAUCCCAACACCACCUCAUAUCCCAACACCACCUCAUAUCCUGAGAGGUUUUGGAAUCAAGGAAGGUGGGCCAAAGUUAGACAGUCGGUUCAUUAUGGAUGUCAAUGUGUCGGAUGGGACUACAAUGGCCCCAUCCACUCCAUUCACUAAGAUAUGGCGGAUGCGCAAUAAUGGUACUCAAGUGUGGCCCCAGGGAACACAACUCAUGUGGAUUGGGGGAGAUAGGUUUAGUGAUGCAGUUUCAGUUGAUAUAAAGGUUCCUGCUGAUGGUUUGCCUGUGGAAGAUGAGCUUGAGAUAUCAGUUGAUUUUACUGCACCUGAGUUGCCUGGUCGUUAUAUCUCCUACUGGAGGGUGGCGUCACCUUCCGGUUUGAAAUUUGGGCAACGUGUGUGGGUUCUUAUCCAGGUUGAUGGGUCUCUGAAGGAUGGCAAUGGUGUUAGCUUUCAAGGCUUGAACUUGAAUUUGCCUCCUGAGAGCAAUUGGCACAAAAACCCUGAAAUUAUAGAUAUGAAUGUUCAGCCCAUUGUGGAUGGAGGUUUGCAGGGGCCUAGCAACUCUUACCCAGUCAUUGAACCAGUAAAACCAGUGGUUGAUGAACAGUCAAAGGAGGAGAAUUUCCCUAUAAAUGAUAGCUUGCUGGUUGGUGAUGGUCGAUCAGCUUCUGCUUUGCCACCUCCACAGGCUCCAUCAUCUGUGUCAUAUCCCAUUAUUGAUCUCACUGAUGCGGACCUAGCUGAGGCCUCUUAUUCAUCAACCCCUCUUGCAAGUGUGCCAACAUUAUCUGAGGAGAUCAGUGAUAAAGAUGCUGUUGAGCAGACUCUGCUCAAGGAGCUUGAGGAGAUGGGCUUCAAGCAGAUUGAUUUAAACAAGGAGAUCUUGAGGAAGAACGAGUACGACUUGGAGCAAUCUGUGGAUGAUCUCUGUGGUGUUUCGGAGUGGGAUCCAAUGCUUGAGUUGCAGGAGAUGGGAUUCUGUGAUGAAGAAAUGAACAAGAGGCUGCUCAAGAAGAACAAUGGAAGUAUCAAGCGUGUUGUGAUGGAUCUUCUGACUGGGGAGAAGGCUGAGCUGAAGAAGACUCUUUAAGCUGUGUUAAGUAGUAAAUAUUAUCAAUAAAUAUAACGAACAUGUUAUGCAUUUAGAUGAUAGAAUUCCCAGUGAACUUCUCGGACUUAAUGUUCUUUAAUGUUGUUUGGUAUUUUGGACCUAAUUAACUUGGUAAAUAUAUAUAUAUAUAUAUAACUUUUAUGUUUCA